AUGGAGCGCACGGCUUCCCUUCUCAGCUUCAGCAGCCGCUCCAGCUCUGAUGCCUCAACGAAUCGAAAUGACCCUUUACUACCAUACGCGGAAAGCCUCUUGGAGAAGAAAGCAGCUCGGGGGCACAUGAUCAUUGUGUCGUUUGCCCUAUUCAAAACCGGCGACGGCAUUGUAGCGGAUGCGGGUUCGCGAUUCGCACAACCUAGCACAACGCCUUCAACAGGGAAGGUUGCUCCAGCGCAACCUACAAUAAUUGGUAACGAAGAUGGCGGCCCUGUCUUGGUGAUUGUGGAUAAGGAGGCCAAGGACAAGGAGGCCAAAGAGAAGGAGGCCAAAGAAAAGGAGGCCAAGGAAAAGGGUGAAGCGAAACCCGAGGAGAAGACGGACGGGGGCAAGACAGAAUCUAGUCAAGACAAGAAACCAGCAGACGAAGAGAAAAACACUGAAGAGGGUGGCAACAAGGACAGCGACAAGACAACGGAGCAAGACAAAGGCAAGGACGGCCAGCAGAAGCAGGUACCCGUCGACGACAAAGAUGAGCUGAGCGCGGAAGAGGACGCAGAGGCACAGAAGAAGUGGGAUGAGGACCUGAAAAAGAUGCCCUGGCUCAAAUUCUCACCUUUAAAUGGCUACUUCCAUGGUCUCAAGGCUCUGGUGGCCAAAUCUGAGCACACUCCCGAGUAUCCCAACCCCGAUCACCAAGCUCCUCUCGGCGAGCCUCCUUUGAAUCAAGACGUCCCGACACCCAAGCUAUACAAUCCCUACUCUUCCGACUCGACUGCCGAGGUUUGCUACCUUGAUAAGAACAAUACGAUUCCGGCGCCUAGCCUAUACGCCUAUGAGGGAGUCCCGCAAUACAUGCCCGACCCAUCCAUUGGCUCCCACUCCAUUUUUGGCAUUCGAGACGACGUGUGCUUUGAUCGAUUUGGCCGCUAUGGGCCCUAUGGCUUGGGUUAUAAAUUGGUUGACGGCGGCUCGGACGUUGGCAUUGAUACAGAGAGUUCGGGCAGCGAAGUUGUCUGGGAAAAGACUGGUCAAAUCAACUACGGCGAAAUUGACUGGGCCGAGGUGCAGGACCGAUGUGCUACCGCCAACAAACACCGAUUCGCAGAGCCAGACCUGGACACCGAUAAGCUCAAGCUCAGUGAGGGAAAGAAGGGUCGGAUUGCCGUCGUCAUCCGCCUGUACACUGGCUUUCCGUGGACGCAACUGGUGGUGCUGAACUUCCGGGCCAUGAUCAACGAGCUGGCUCUCAAAUCUGGAGGAGAGUACCACGUCCACUUUCUGCUGCACGUCAAGGACAAUAACUUGCCAAUUUGGUCCGACGACACAUCGGUCCAGCAACUGCUUGACUCCAACGUACCCCCCGAGUUUCACGGGCUGGUGACGUUGUGGAGCGAAGCACAAAUGGAGCUCUUCUAUCCCGGCAAAUUCGAAGACCCCAUCAGCAAGCCUCCCAUCAACAACCCUUCCAUGAGGGGCGUUCACGGCGUGUUCCGCAGCGCUCAUCUGCCCCUUCAAGUGUUUGCCCUGCAGCACCCAGAGUAUGAGCAUUUCUGGAACUGGGAGAUGGAUAUGCGGUAUUUGGGCAACUGGUACGAAUUAUUUGAUCGCCUGGGCAGCUGGGCGGACAAGCAGCCGCGUAAACUGCUAUGGGAACGAAACGAGCGCUACUAUAUCCCAUCGCAUCACGGCACCUGGGAAAACUUCACAGCCGCCGUCGAACAAUACACCAAGGACUCUGGCAAACCUGGUGUCUUUGGCCCCGUUAAAUUUGACGAAGGAAAGCAGCUACGCUUCGAGCAGCAAGGAGAGUCUGCCAUGCCCAGCUCAUGUGUCGACGAUCCAGAGGACCCGGAGUGUGGUGUCGGCGAGGCAGCAGAUCUCAUCACCCUGAACCCGAUUUUCGACGUGCAUGGCUCUGCCUGGGUUUUCGCAAACGAUGCGACGGCCUAUGGCAAGACUCCGCCAAGACGAUGCGCCAUCAUUACGGCAUCUCGACUGAGCCGUCGUCUUUUGCUGGCGAUGCACGAAGAGGUGUGGCGCCACCACCACACCAUGUUCUCUGAAAUGUUCCCUCCCAGUGUGGCGUUUCACCAUGGCUUCAAAGCCGUAUAUGCGCCUCACCCCGUAUACUUGGAUCGGGCCUGGGAUCCCCUAGGCAGUGCAGUCGACAAGGUCUUCAACGGCGGACGCGACCACUCGACCUCGGCCGUGGGAAGCCCGUUCGACCUGCGCAACGAGCACAACCACAAAGGCGCUACGUGGUAUUUUAACAGUGAAUUCGCCGGCCUUCUCUGGCGGCGAUGGCUGGGAUACGCUCAGCGAGACACCAGAGGAAAGGACGGCCACCGCAAGGGUGGAGGCAAGAUCCUCGGCGGGAAACGAGCAGAGGAGAGCGACAAGAGCAGCGGACGCAUGUGCCUGAGGAGCUUCCUCGUGCACCCAAUCAAGUUUGAAGCCCCUGGUGAGAAGAAAUGA